AUGACCCCAUAUGACGAUCUUGUUGAUAUUCUCUUCCCCCACCCGGCUUUCAUGAAGUGGAUCUCGCUUGUGACCGGAAUUACACUCACAAAGAGUAAUAUCUUUGCGCGUCGCUUCCGCAGAGGACUAGACUAUACACUAGCAACAGCGUACGAAGAGGAAGACCCACAACUCGAAGUAUGUCUCGGAAUUACCCCCUCGCGCGGCUGGGGCGACGAAGACGAAGAGCCCGAUGAAGCAGCAGCCUCCCAGCCGGAGAAAAACGGCAGUUCCAACAGCAAGUCCAAGAAGAGCAGCAAGAAGAAUGGCAAAGCUCCAGAGCCCGAGCCCAAAGCCGAGGAAGAAAUCGGCGGCUACGAGAUGUACAUGGCAGGUGAAGACGACGAGCACCCUGCCGUUCCCACCUCCUCCGAGCCAUCUACCUCCACCGGCGCUGGUCAACGUCGCAAAGCCAAAGCCGACCCCGCUAUCUACAAGUCUGCCGGUGACGACGAGGACGAUGGUAUCUUGUUUAGCCAACCCGCUGCGUGGAAUAACAUGGCCAUUGUGCUCAGGGACAGGGGUGUGUUGCGGUUCACAAAGUAUGUUAGCAAGAGCGCCAAGGGAGAUCGAUGGGAUGUCUGCGCAGAGUAUGGCGUGGAGUUUGGUGAGGACGAGGAUGAUGAAGAUGAUGACUAA